UCAAAACACCAUUUCUCAUGUCCUUGAAAUACCCUUGGGUUAUGCCAUAUAAUUCAUCCAUUUCCAGUGCUUUGCCAAUAUAUGCAUAACAUACAACUUUGCGAUAUUGUGAAAGUACUUUUUGAUUCAGUAUUAAAUAGUCAUUUUUUCCUCUUCACUCCCCACUCUUACUUCACGUGUUAAUUUCAUGACUCCGCAGAACAAACUUCCUCUCCUACUCUGGGUUAACCUUCCCUGCUUCCUUCUCCACUAUAAAUGUGAGGUAUGUAGUGUAGAACAAUGAACUCAGUCUUAUCCACUCAGUCGUUCACAGUGAAACAUUUUCAGUAACAUAGAGACUGAAUUUAAAAAUGUGGAAGAUAUGUUUUAUUGUAGCCAAGGUUCUAAUGAUGUUUACUGCAGCUGACUGUGCCGGUUUUUCACUCCCUUCCAAAAGAUUGCAAGAUGUACAAAUUGUGAUUAUUGGCGCUGGUGCCUCUGGAAUUGCUGCUGCCUCGCGGCUGUUGGAAAACAAAAUUGAUGACUUUGUUAUUCUGGAAGCAACGUAUUAUUACGGUGGUCGGAUUAAAACUGUCAGAUUUGGUGAAGAUUUCAUUGAUCUUGGAAGUCAUUUUGUCCAUGGUGUGAAAAGCAAUAUAGUAUUCAAUAUGGCCGGUCAGUUGCAGCUUCUGACCAAUUAUGAAGAAAGUAAACCUGACAUAAUUUUUAUCGACCCCUCUGGAAAUCUGGUAAACAGAAAUGUGGCUUCAAAAGUGUAUCAUCUGUUGAACGAUAUUAGAGAUUCAAUGGCUAGAGACAUACAUAACUAUUCAGGAUCUCUUGGAGAAUAUUUCAAUCAACAAUACAGAAGAAAGAUGGAUGAACAUUCCCUGAGUAAUUUCUCUUUGGCCAGACCCCUCUUACAGUGGUACCACAGGUUUCGGAAUGAAGACAGUCCAAAUUCCUGGUUUGAAACUUCAAGCUGUGGUGAAACAGAAUAUUUAGAGUGUGAGAAAAGUCAGCUGUGGUCUUGGAAGUUUGGAGGAUAUGCCACUGUCUUUGAUCUUUUGAUGCAAAGUAUCCCAGAUCCUAAAGAAGAGCUGCCUGUGAAAUAUAAAAUACAUUAUCACAAUGAAGUUGCAAAAAUCAAGUGGGACAAUUUACCCGAAGAAUAUAUGAACAAAGUUAUUGUGGAAUGUUCAGAUGGAAUAUCUUACCUGGCAGAUUUUGUUCUUGUCACAGUAAGCCUUGGUGUGAUGAAAGAAAAGGCUCAGACCAUGUUUCAACCAGUGCUGCCAUCCACUAAACUUAAUGCAAUUAAAGGUUUGGGAUUUGGAGUUGUUGACAAAAUAUUUUUGAAGUUCCCACAUCGGUGGUGGCCUGACAAUUACACUAACUUUGGUUUUUUGUGGCCCCAUGAUGAUGCUUGCAAUCUAAAUUCGGUUAAGCAAGAAGACUGCUGGGAUAGGGCCUUGAAUAAAUUUUCAGAAGUGGACAACCUGCCACUUAUUCUUUGUGGUUGGCUCUCUGGCCCUGCUGCUCGUUACAUGGAACAGUUGUCUGAUGAAGAAGUGAAGCAUAAGGUUGUUCAGCUUCUUGACAGAUUUAUUGGUAAAACCUUCAAUGUAACUGUGCCCGCUCCUGAUCUGUUUCUGAGGUCUGCCUGGUCAUCAGAUCCUCACUUCCGUGGGUCACAUAGCUUUUACAGCACGGAGACGGAGAAAAUCGGAGUCUCUGCAGCACAGCUGGCUGAGCCUGUUACAAAUAAGAAUAGAAAACCUGUGCUGCUGUUUGCAGGUGAGGCAACUCAUACCUCUCAUUAUUCAACUGUCCAUGGAGCCAUUGAGUCAGGUUGGCGGGAAGCUGAGAGGAUUAUUGAAUUGUCAAAGUUAUGGAAGCAGUAAUUUGGAGUUAUGGAUGCAGUUUGGAACUUUAAUUUUAAAUGUACUUUCUUCAAAUUAAAUACUGUAAAUGUGAGGAAUCUGUGAAAUAUACAUGAAUAUUCUGAGCA